AGCCUGCCUUGGACAACCGCUUCCACUUCCUCCGACCACGGGGUUACCAGCGCGGGAGGUGCAGGGACUGCUGGGAACGCGCAUGCGCCCUCCGAGGUGUCGGGGCCCGUGUGGGCGGCAGAGGCGGCGAGCGCGGCCCGGCUCGCGGGGCGCUCCUGGGGCCAAAGCCAUGGCCCCGCGGCUGCAGCUGGAGAAGGCGGCCUGGCGCUGGGCGGAGACCGUGCGGCCAGAGGAGGUGUCGCAGGAGCACAUCGAGACCGCCUACCGCAUCUGGCUGGAGCCCUGCAUCCGCGGCGUUUGCAGACGAAACUGCAAAGGAAACCCGAAUUGCUUGGUUGGGAUUGGUGAGCAUAUUUGGUUAGGAGAAAUAGAUGAGAAUAGUUUUCAUAACAUCGAUGAUCCUAACUGUGAGAGGAGAAAAAAGAACUCCUUUGUGGGCCUGACAAACCUUGGAGCCACAUGUUACGUCAACACAUUUCUUCAGGUGUGGUUUCUCAAUCUGGAGCUUCGGCAGGCGCUCUACCUGUGUCCAAGUACCUGCAGUGACUACAUAAGAGGAGGUGGCACCCAGGAAGAGAAAGAUUAUGAACCUCAGACUAUUUGUGAGCAUCUCCAGUACUUGUUUGCUUUGUUACAAAACAGUAACAGAAGAUAUAUUGACCCAUCAGGGUUUGUUAAAGCCCUGGGCUUAGAUACUGGGCAACAACAGGAUGCUCAGGAAUUUUCAAAGCUGUUUAUGUCUCUGCUGGAAGAUACUUUGUCCAAGCAGAAAGAUCCAGAUGUACGGAACAUUGUUCAACAGCAGUUCUGUGGUGAAUAUGCUUAUGUAACUGUAUGUAAUCAGUGUGGCAGAGAAUCUAAGCUGUUAUCAAAGUUCUAUGAACUGGAGUUAAACAUCCAAGGCCACAAACAGUUAACAGACUGUAUCUCAGAAUUUUUAAAGGAAGAAAAAUUAGAGGGAGACAAUCGAUACUUUUGUGAGAACUGUCAGAGCAAACAGAAUGCUACAAGAAAGAUCCGGCUUCUCAGCCUUCCUUGCACUCUGAACUUGCAGCUAAUGCGUUUUGUCUUUGACAGGCAAACUGGACAUAAGAAAAAGCUGAAUACCUACAUAGGCUUCUCAGAAAUUUUGGAUAUGGAGCCUUACGUGGAACAUAAAGGUGGGGCCUAUGUGUACGAGCUCAGCGCAGUCCUCAUACACAGAGGCGUGAGCGCUUACUCCGGCCACUACAUCGCCCAUGUCAAAGAUCCACAGUCCGGCGAAUGGUACAAGUUUAACGAUGAAGACAUAGAAAAGAUGGAGGGGAAGAAAUUACAACUAGGGAUUGAGGAAGAUCUAGCAGAACCCUCCAAGUCGCAGGCCCGCAGACCCAAAUGUGGUAAAGGGACUCAUUGCUCACGAAAUGCAUAUAUGUUGGUUUAUAGACUGCAAAGCCAAGAGAAGCCCAACACGACUGUGGAAGUUCCAGCCUUUCUUCAAGAGCUGGUGGAUCGGGACAAUUCCAAAUUUGAGGAGUGGUGUGUUGAAAUGGCCGAGAUGCGUAAACAGAGUGUGGACAAAGGAAAAGCCAAGCAUGAAGAGGUUAAGGAGCUGUACCAAAGGUUACCUGCUGGAGCUGAGCCCUAUGAGUUUGUCUCUCUCGAAUGGCUGCAGAAGUGGUUGGAUGAAUCGACACCUACCAAGCCUAUUGAUAAUCAUGCUUGUCUGUGUUCUCACGACAAACUUCAUCCUGAUAAAAUCUCAAUUAUGAAGAGAAUUUCUGAAUAUGCCGCGGACAUCUUCUACAGUAGAUAUGGAGGGGGUCCAAGACUAACUGUGAAGGCAUUGUGUAAGGAGUGUGUAGUAGAGCGCUGUCGUGUGCUUCGCCUGAAAAACCAGCUAAAUGAAGAUUACAAAAUGGUUAAUAAUCUACUGAAAGCAACAGGAAAGGGCAAUGAUGGAUUUUGGGUUGGAAAGUCAUCCUUGCGGAGUUGGCGCCAACUCGCCCUAGAACAACUGGAUGAGCAAGAUGGAGAUGCAGACCAAAGCAAUGGGAAGAUGAAUGGAAACACCUUCAACAAAGAUGAAUCAAAAGAGGAAAGAAAAGAAGAAGAAGAAGAAGAAUUAAAUUUUAACGAAGAUAUUCUGUGUCCACACGGGGAAUUGUGCAUCUCUGAAAACGAACGAAGGCUGGUUUCUAAAGAGGCGUGGAGCAAAUUGCAACAGUACUUCCCAAAGGCUCCUGAGUUUCCGAGUUACAGAGAGUGCUGUUCACAGUGCAAGAUUUUAGAAAGAGAAGGGGAAGAAAAUGAAGCCUUACAUAAGAUGAUCGCGAACGAGCAAAAGACUUCUCUUCCGAAUUUGUUCCAGGACAAAAACAGACCAUGUCUAAGUAACUGGCCAGAGGAUACCGAUGUCCUCUACAUCGUGUCACAGUUCUUUGUAGAAGAAUGGCGGAAAUUUGUUAGGAAACCUACAAGGUGUAGUCCUGUGUCAUCGGUUGGAAAUAGUGCCCUCCUGUGUCCCCACGGGGGGCUUAUGUUUACAUUUGCUUCUAUGACCAAAGAAGAUUCUAAACUUAUAGCUCUGAUAUGGCCCAGCGAGUGGCAGAUGAUACAAAAGCUGUUUGUUGUCGAUCAUGUAAUUAAAAUCACAAGAAUUGAAGUGGGAGAUGCAAGCCCUUCAGAAACACAGUAUAUUUCUGAACCUAAGCUCUGUCCUGACUGCAGAGAGGGCCUUCUUUGCCAGCAGCAGAGGGACUUGCGGGAGUACACUCAGGCCACCAUCUAUGUCCACAAAGUUGUAGACAAUAAAAAGGUGAUGAAGGAUUCAGCUCCAGAGCUAAAUGUGAGCAGUUCUGAAACAGAGGAGGACAAAGAAGAAGCUAAACCAGACGGAGAAAAGGAUCCAGAUUUUAAUCAAAGCAAUGGAGGAACAAAACGGCAAAAGAUAUCCCAUCAAAAUUAUAUAUCUUAUCAAAAGCAAGUCAUCCGACGAAGUAUGCGACAUAGAAAAGUUCGCGGUGAAAAAGCACUUCUUGUUUCUGCUAAUCAAACUUUAAAAGAAUUGAAAAUUCAGAUCAUGCACGCAUUCUCAGUUGCUCCCUUUGACCAGAAUUUAUCAAUUGAUGGAAAGAUUUUAAAUGAUGACUGUGCCACCCUUGGUACCCUUGGCGUCAUACCUGAAUCUGUCAUUUUAUUAAAGGCUGAUGAACCAAUUGCAGAUUAUGCUGCAAUGGAUGACGUCAUGCAAGGUACUGGUCUACUUGGACAUUAAUCUUUGAACACUUGCUGACUGCUAAGAAAUCGCCAGAGGGGAAGAGGAGCUUGACGGGUUAGGGCAUUAAGGAAAGGUGGAUUUAAGAAUUAAACCAUGACAUGACUCUUCCAAAAGGCAAAAACCCCGUUCAAACGUGACUGCCCCAAAUGCCUUAUGUCAAAUAAAGCAGAUUGCACUGAUGGACAUCAAACUUGAAGGACAUGUUUCAAAUUUUAUAUUUAAAGGGGGUAGUGGGAGCAAAGGGGGGCGAGUAAAAAUGGAACUAUUAGCCAGCAACAUUAAAUCAUGUUUACAUAUGAGAUUUAUAGUCAUGGAAGGGAAUAAAGUUCUGUUAUAUUUCCUUGCUCAAGUUUCAUACCAGACGCACUGGUCCAUAAAGGAUUUGUAUCACAGUAGAUGGGACAGCAAGCAUUCUGCUCUGAACUAAAAGUGAUUCUUUAGAGACCAUAACCUGCUUACCCAUUCCUGUCUUUGACUCAUACUCUACUUUCAAUAAAGCAUGAAAGUGAAGAACUUGCCAUCGUUGUGGAAAAGUGUCUUCCCAUCUAGACUCCUCCAAGCCAGCUGCAUCGUCCCCACCGCGUGCAUGGCGCCCAGUGCUCUGUGUUGAGCAAAGGAGGGGCACCCCAUGCCUCCCGCAGUGAGUGAGGGGUUUCGUGCCUCACUUUGCCUUCCCAGCCAUUUCACCUUGGUACACCUCAGAAAAAGAUGGAGAGUGUUUGCUACCGAUGAUUAUCAGCCUCCUCCAGUGUUGCUACUGGGAAGUAGUUUUUUACGCAUUUGAAAAUUCUGACCUCCUUACUUGGAAGAGAAUGUUGAGCAUUUGGAUAUUUUCUUCUCGUUUUCCAAGUCUCCUGUUUCUUCAAUCAUGCUUCUCUAUUUGAAAGCCUGCUUCUGAAAUGCCCUGAAAGUAUCUUUGUGAUAGCUUUGUGAGGGAAGGGGUAUACGGAUGGAAUAUGUCCUUUUAUCCCCUCAGGAUUGUAGUUAUUAGCAGUGAAUAGUGAAGACAUUCUUAAGAAUAUUGAAGGUUUUUAAAUGAAACUUAAGGCUGGGAUUGGUUUCUUUUUACAAUUUUCCCCCUCUGUUGAGUAUGUAUGUGUAUAAUUGUAGCCUGGAUGCUGAUGCGGGUAUCUCACAUUCUCGGUGGCCUCAAGUUUGUGCCAGGCCUCCCUACCCUACCCCCAGGCUGAACUCAUAAAGGAGGGAGGAGGCGGAUUUUAAUUUGAGCUCCAGUAACCUUAGAAGCAACCCAUUUGAAUAGCUUUCUAUCAGAAUAAUUAUGGCUGUUUGCUUCAGCUGAACACUUGUUUCCCAUCCGUGUUGCUGCAUACGCAGUCUAUGCCCCCUGAGGAAUUGGGGGUGUUUAAUGAGCCUGUGUAGGGUAAUGAGCUGCUCACAGGUUCCUCAAACCUGUCCUAGUGGCCAGGCAUGCCUGUAGUUGGCACCAAAGUAAGAGGUUCCGAGCUGGAGGCCACCCUAUGCUAUCUAGGGAGACCCUGUCAGUUUUCAAAUCUCGAUCUUUUACUUGGCUCCAAGUAAUUUAAGGUAGAGCUUCAAAGUCGUCACACAAAGGAACUUAUCUUUUCCAAGUUAAAGGCUUGUUUAGAAGUGCAGAGUGCUUGAUAGAGGAGCUUUUCUUUAGAAAGGCAUUAGUGUAGCUCAAUGGCAAAAUUCUUGCCUAAUAACGCCUAAGGCACAGGGGUGUAAAUGUUCUGGGGAUCGACAUAACUAAGCUCCAG